CUCUCAUGUCAUGCAUACUCUUCAAUGUUUUGCGUUGUGUUUGUUCUACUUGAAAAAAAUUGUCAAAUUGAUGAAUUCUCAUCAAUUAAGCUUAUGCUAUGCUUGGGGCAACGAACCGGCUUCGUGGAUUUGGGAUUGGAAAUUAAAUUUUCUCCAAUUUCAAAUCUAAGGCACCAUUUGAUGCUCCCAAAUAUAAUAUUAGAGUUUUGAUGGUUUCCUGUCUUUUAGCGGGAUUUUUCAUCCGUAAUCUUCCGGUAACAUGUUUGUCUUAUUGAAUCUGUUCACUUUUUAUAUUUUCAUACAUUUUUAUUGUGAUUUCUUGUGUUGAACUUCAUUAAUUUCCUUGAUUCAUACGAGCUAGGGUUUUUUCCCCCUGAUUCGGAUGCCUCGAUUAUUUUUCAUGCAUUUACAGAUUUUUUUUUUUUGACAAACCUUUUAUUGAAUAUUUUUUUCCCUUGUAAUUGUUUUUUUAGUUAACUUUGAUGUCUUCGUUUUUAGGGGGAAAAAUGUUAUUUGUAAUUUGCCUUCUGUUCAGAUGUUAUUUUUAAAUCUUCAUUUAUUGCAUUCUGCAAUCAUGUGGAGGAUAAGUUCUUUAACUUCUUUUUUGUUGGGAAUCCGAAUGUGGACUGGGCAACUAGAUUGAAGCUGCAGAGCACGAUGUAAUUACAUUAACUCGCGGAUGUGUCCCAUGAUAUGAGAAAGAACGGAAAGGAAUUCCUUGUCAUGGCUGAGGAGCGUGGUGAAGUCGAGAAAGCUACUCCAUAUGAUGACUAAUGGUUGCGGCCAUUACUCCAUAAUAUCAUGAAAAGUUUGCUUCACCAAAAAAGCCAAUGUAAUUUAAGGUCUUCGAACAACAAUUGAUGAUCAAGAACAGCGAUAACAUCAACUAGAUGGGAACGAGCAAGGGCUCAAGUUCAAGGGGCAGAAUGAGUGCAAGCUAUAUGGAAAAGUUGGAAAGGACAAUGCAAGCUCUCCAGGAGGAAGCAAACAAACUUAAUGUAGAAUUUGCUACUAUUAUGAUUGAGAAAAAUGAACUAAUGCAUACAAACAAUGAGCUUAAAUGUCUUUGUCAAGACUCAAGAAAUGGAAGAAGAGUUUGAGUCGAACAACGGCAUGGUUAACACUGGAAGAGGACAGAAUCUGAACCGUCGACAGAGGAGAGCUGCACGUAGGCAGCAAGAACACCUGCAACGUCAGCAAAUGGAGGAAGAGCAGCAACGACUUGAGUUUCAGGAUGAGGGUCAGCUUCAGGAGGAGCAAGAGGAAGUUCAGGCUCCGGCUCAGGGCAGGGAUCCAGAGUAUCCUCCUCACAUCAAUGACCUCAUUGCUCGGGCUAUAGAAGCUGGGGUAGCAGCUGUACUUCGGAAUCAGCCUCAGGUACAGCCGGCACCGUUACCAGCACCGGUUGUUCAGACUGAUACUUGGGAGAAGGCCAGGAGUUCCUUCACAAAAGGGAGUCCACCUGAGUUCACGGGCUCCACGGAUGCGAGAGCAGCUCACCAGUGGAAACAGGACAUUGAGCGACAUCUUCGCUUGGUUCAGUGCACGGAGGUUCAGAAGCAGAUGCUUGCUACCUUCAAGCUAGUUGGGGAUGCACUGCAGUGGUGGGAGUCAGUUACCACCAUAGAGGAGAGGAUGGCAUUGACUUAUGAUGAGUUCAGUGCACGCUUUGAAGAAAAGUAUUUCCCUUAUGCAGUUAGGGCAGCCAUGAAGACUGAGUUUCUUAAUUUGCAGCAAGGGAACAUGACAGUGGCGGAGUAUGAACAGCAGUUCACACGCUUAUCUCUCUUUGCACCGGAGGAGGUGGAUACAGAGGAGAAGAAGCGCAACAGUUUUGUCAAUGGACUGAUGUGGUCUAUCAAGAGAGCUAUUACUGGUAGUCCAGCCUACACUACUUAUGCUCAAGUGGUGGACGCAGCUUUGCAGCUUUAUCAGCUGAAUGAGGAUUUCAGACAGACUAGGGCUGAGAAGCGGGGUGGCAAAGACUUUGCUAAUCAGCCAGCUGAGAAAGUGAAUGAUAAUGGGAACCGACAGAAUGAUAAGGGCAGGUUCCAGGGCCAGCAGCCUUGGAAGAGGCACAAGGGUAAUUCAGAAGUUCAGAGAGAGGGAGUUCCCACUCCGCAGACUGGAGCACCUCAGACUGGACAGGGACAGCUACAGGGUAAUCACCAGGAGGGGCAGUCAAGUAUAUUUAGGGGUCAUUGCUAUAAGUGUGGAGAUUAUGGGCAUUCAGCCAAACGGUGUCCUGGGUUGGCUCAGAACCAGCAUGGGCAACAGGGACAGUGGCAACCAUUACCUACUCCACAGAUUCCACGUGUGCAGGCUCAGACAUUUCCGGCCUUACCAGCACCACCGCCACCGCAGGGACAGCCUAUACAGCAGUUGCAUCAGGGUAUGGUGUACAAUGCCACACCUUGCAAUGCAUGGGUACCUCAGAAGAAUUGAGGUUGUAGAAGGUCAAGUCUCAAGGUUGAGGAUCCGCAGCUGGAGGACUUAUCCAUUCCUUAUAUUUACUUAAAAGUAGGAUAUUAGUUUUGUUUCAGUUGAUCUUAGUACUUAAUUGGUUGAAAUUCUAAAUAGUAACUUUUGGUUAAGGGGUCCUUGAGUUACGGGAUUCCCGAGUUGUAACCAUUUGGAAGUUAUUAAUGGAUUUACUAUUAAUUGGA